CUUUCAUCAUUUCCACAAACAACUCCCUCGCUUCCAAUCUUUCAUCCACAAAAAGAAGCCAACAAAGCAGGCAACUUUUAUUUUUUUCAGCUCUUUUAUCAGAAAAGAAAAGGAGAUUAACAUGGCUUGGAAACAAAAUGAUGCGGAAUCGUUGCAGUCCGCUGACGAGCUGAAACGCCAGAAAAGAAUCAAAUUGGCCAUAUACAUUGGUAUUUUCAUUGUGUUUCAGAUUAUAGUUAUAACGGCAAUGAGUCUUACUGUGAUGAAAGUGAAGACCCCCAAGCUCAGGCUAGGCAACAUCAACGUCCAAGAGCUCAACUCCACCCCAACAACACCUUCAUUUGACACUAAAUUCACAACCCAAAUCAGAGUCAAGAACACAAAUUUUGGUCCAUACAAGUUUGAUGAAGGCACUGUCACGUUUUUGUACCAAGGCGCAACUGUCGGGCAAGUUUCUAUUCCAAAGAGCAAGGCAGGAAUGCUUUCCACCAAAAAAAUUGACGUCGAGGUGAGCUUGAGUUCAAGUGCUUUGAGCAGUUCUAAUAUUGCGAAUGAACUGAGCAGCGGGGUGUUGACUCUCAACGGUGCGGCUAGGUUGACUGGAAAGGUUGAAUUGAUGUUUAUAAUGAAAAAGAAGAAGGCUUCCACCAUGAACUGCACCAUUGCAUUUGCUCUGUCAUCGAAGACACUCAAAAGUUUGCAAUGCAAGUGAUCAGACCUGCGAGAUCAGUAUUAGUUCUUGAAUUUUAUUGUUUCAUUUUUUAUCUUCUAUGGGACUUCUUGCAUUUUGCUGCAGAAUUUUCAUGGUAUUGCUCUACUUUGUUUUUGUUUUUCUUAUUUUUAAUUUUGUUUGAUUGAAUAUAGAAACAGAUGAUUAACUUCUGUAGUA